AGCAACCCUUUUCGGCUUUGCCACUCGCGCUCGCCUGCUCCCCAACUUUUCUCCCCAUCUGCUCCCAUUGGGGGCUUCCACAGCUUCAGGAGAGCCUGGAACAUCUGAUUCUUUAUUUCUUACAAACAAAACAAACCCCCCUGCACACAGCAAAUACCAGCAGCGAAGCGGGGCGCACGGUCCUGCUUCACAACUGCCCAAGUAGAUCCCAGGGUUCCUGGAUGCGCCCCGAAUUCCCCGGGCUCCUCUGCUAGUGUCUCAGCGAUCCCAGAGCAGGGAACGCGGGGUAGCUAGGGAUACGGGAUUGCUGGGCCAAGCCCCAUUUCCUGUCUGGGCGUCUCCGCCCCAGUCCCUCGCCAGUGAGUCCCGAAGGGCAUCACCAAAUCAUCUCUGGCCACUGGAAAGAGGAGUCCUAAGGGCUGAGGCUCCAGCUUUGUCACAGCCUCCAGGCCGCCCCCAAACACGAAGAAGGUCGUGGAACAAAGCGGGCCCCAACAGAGACAACUCUCUCACCCCGCGCGCAGCCGUCAGUGGAAUAGAAGUAGCCUCAGCAGAGUCCAGAUAACUUGGGCGCCGGUGGAACAUAACAGUCAGUGGAGCCACUGGGCUCCUUCAGGCUCUGGGCUCAGGAUCCUGGCUCCCUGCCUCUGACAGCCACCACAGAAGCUUUCAGGACACAAUGAAGGGGCCCAGGGCCAUGGGAGAGGACAGAAUCCUGGCUUCCACAGUGCCAGGAGUGCCUGCGACGAUGGGCCUCCAGCCGAGAGACUCUUCUUGUCUCUCAGAUAUACUUGUGAUUUACUUUCGUCUUUGGGGGCCCAGGAAAAUAACUACAGAGAUACUAGGCACUGCCAUGAAAUGCUUCCAUUAGCUCCCUCGUUUUACUCCUGGAGGUCUAUGCAAGCCUCCAAUAACUUGGGCCACGAAUACCCAGGUCCCAAGCAGCCUCUGUGGCUGCGGGUAGCCUGGGCCCACUCGCUGGGUUCACCGGGAACCCUCAGACUUGGGGCCUGGCUGGCUGGAGGAAAGGGACCCUGUGGUGAAGAUUCUGCAGGCUGGAUACGUAAGGAAAUCAAAUAGCAAACUAAUGACACGAAAACCAUAUUUACACGAAAGAAAAAUCGGCUACCGUUAUGAAAGUGUAUGGAAUUUGACCUCGCCUCGGAGGAACACUACACAAAAGCUGUCUUUAAUAGACGCCUGUCAUUUAAGGGCGGCAGGGACACGGUCCCUCAUACGCUCGCAAAAACAGAGCCGUAAUUGUAGCUACUGCUGCGGGCAGAAUUUAUUUCUGCAAUUGGUUAAAUGUCUUCCCCCUCCCUUUUCUGAAGGUGAGAUCUGUAUUUUCAAAAUUCAGAGCUGCCGGCAGAACAGGCCGAACCGACCCCAAACUCGACACAAAAAUAAGAUGGGCUGCAAAGCAGGGGACAAGGGGGAAUAAAGUUGUAAAUAAAAUUGCGUGUCACCUCCUCCCCCAAAUCCUUUGCAUCCUCGCCGGGCGCGCGAUCGGCAGCUGACGGCCUAACAAUUGGUACAUCCUGAUGGAACUGCGAGGGAAAUGCAAUAAUUUUGCCAUAAUGGGCUGUAACCUCAAUUCGACCCCGGCCCUUGCAGCCCAGGGUCGGAAGCAGGGCGAUGAGUCAUGCUUCCAGCGGGUGGCGCUCGAGUCCGACUGAAAGGCAGCGAUGGGCGGCGGGCACGCGCCCAGGGCGCGCGCGCCACCCUUCUCGCCUCCACCCAACUCCCCCAUUAGUGCACGAGUUUACCUCUAGAGGUCAUCAGGCAGGAUUUACGACUGGACAACAAAAGCACGUGAUUCGAAGUCGUACCCCAUAUUUGGGUGCCUACGUAGGAGGGAACCAAGUACAUGUCCCAGUCAUUUCCAUAAUUCAUCAUAAAUUGUGCAAGGGUGCUAUAGACGCACAAACGACCGCGAGCCACAAAUCAAGCACACAUAUCAAAAAACAAAUGAGCUCUUAUUUUGUAAACUCAUUUUGCGGUCGCUAUCCAAAUGGCCCGGACUACCAGUUGCAUAAUUAUGGAGAUCAUAGUUCCGUGAGCGAGCAAUUCAGGGACUCGGCGAGCAUGCAUUCCGGCAGGUACGGCUACGGCUACAAUGGCAUGGAUCUCAGCGUCGGCCGCUCGGGCUCCGGCCACUUUGGCUCUGGAGAGCGCGCCCGCAGCUACGCGGCCGGCGCCAGCACGGCGCCCGCCGAGCCCAGGUACAGCCAGCCGGCCACGUCCACGCACUCGCCUCCGCCUGACCCUCUGCCCUGCUCCGCCGUGGCCCCUUCGCCCGGCAGCGACAGCCACCACGGCGGGAAAAACUCCCUUGGCAACUCCAGCGGCACCUCCGCCAACGCGGGCAGCACCCACAUCAGCAACAGAGAUGGGGUUGGCACGGCGUCCGGAGCCGAGGAGGACGCCCCUGCCAGCAGCGAGCAGGCGAGUGCGCAAAGCGAGCCGAGCCCGGCGCCGCCCGCCCAACCCCAGAUCUACCCCUGGAUGCGCAAGCUGCACAUAAGUCAUGACAAUAUAGGUGGCCCGGAAGGUAAAAGGGCCAGGACGGCCUACACCCGCUACCAGACCCUGGAGCUGGAGAAGGAGUUCCACUUCAACCGCUACCUGACCCGCCGAAGAAGGAUUGAAAUAGCACAUGCUCUUUGCCUCUCGGAGAGACAAAUUAAAAUCUGGUUCCAAAACCGGAGAAUGAAGUGGAAAAAAGAUAAUAAGCUGAAAAGCAUGAGCAUGGCUGCGGCGGGAGGGGCCUUCCGCCCCUGAGUGUUUGAGCAUAUAAAGUACUGAGCAGUAUUAGCGGAUCCAGCGUAGUGUCAGUACUAAGGUGACUUUCUGAAACUCCCUUGUGUUCCUUCUGUGAAGAAGCCCUGUUCUCGUUACCCUAAUUCAUCUUUUAAUCAUGAGCCUGUUUAUUGCCAUUAUAGCGUCUGUAUAAGUAGAUCUGCUUUCUGUUCAUCUCUUUGUCCUGAAUGGCUUUGUCUUGAAAAAAAAAAAUAGAUGUUUUAACUUAUUUAUAUGAAGCAAGCUGUGUUACUUGAAGUAACUAUAACAAA